AUGAGUACAAAGAAGCGAAAGUGUCUUGACGAAUAUAUUCGAUUUGGAUUCGUGUCUCUUCAAAAGGGUGACACAGAGGUCUCCCAGUGUGUGAUAUGUCACAAGACUCUGAGCAAUGAUGGAAUGCGGCCCUCACGCUUGGAGCGCCACUUGAGGACAAUACAUCCUGCUCUAGCUGACAAGCCCAAGGCAUUGUUUGAAACAAAAAGACACUCCUUGAAGCAAGUUAAGUUGGACGGCAGUAGGGCAUUUCGGCAACAAACUUCAAAGGUUGUUGAGGCUUCCUAUGAGAUCGCCAUGUUGAUUGCAAAGAGCAAGAAGAGCCAUAACAUCGGAGAGUUUCUCAUGAAACCAAGCAUACUCCGUGCAGCAGAACUCGUUCUGGGGAAAGAUAGUACAAACAAGCUUUCCCAAAUUUCACUAUCAAACGAUACAGUCAAGGGAAGGAUCGAUGAAUUGUCUCAAGACAUGAAAGAUCAAAUUCUCGACCAACUGGAACAGCGGGAACACCCGUCCUGGCUGCGCACCACCGAGCAACUGAAUGAUCUGAAUCCUUUUGAGCACGCACCAUCUACCGACAAGAGCAGAAAACGUUUGGCGCGCUCGGUUCGGCUUGGAGACAUGUCCUUACUAGCCAAAUUAUGCUGGGUGCAUUCUGCUCUUUUGCUUCGUUCUGGCUAA